AAUCCAGCCUAAUAUUAUUUACCCAAAUUGAAGAGUCCGUUAACGUCGCGUUAAACGGCAAAAGUCAAAACAAUCCAUUUGAAGCGUCCUCUUUUGACUCUUCGUUAUCUUUCCGUUUUGUCUGUUAGAAGCGGUUUUCGUAGCUAUGGCUUCUUCGUCUCCGGAGACCAGAAUCACCGACGAACACCUCGCCCUUGAGCUUACCGUUCGCGAUCUAGAAUCUCCGGCGUUAGAAGACGCCUCCUCCGCCCCUGAAUCAUCUUCCGACGAAAUCAUCCCUCUCCUGAAUCAAAACCAAAGACCUAGAAUCAACAUCUUCUCCGCUUCCUACACUCGACACAAACCAAGAGAGCAAGUGAUUAAAGUAACAGAAACUGAGAUAUCACCUGUAACUCAGUUUUCUUCAUGGAUUUGGAGUGGUUCUCGUUACUCUGGCUUACUGUGUAUGGUGUUGUCAUCGACACUGUAUCUCAUCAUGGAGUUAGUUUCAGAUACUUUUUCUGUUCAGCCGAUUCCUUUGUUUGAGACCGCGUUCAUGAGAUGCACAAUUAUCUUGAUACUGUCAUACCUUUGGUUGAAAAGAAUUGGACAACCAAUAUUUGGACCUGCGCAUGCCAGGAAGCUUUUGGUUUCAAGAGCCCUUGUGGGUUACCUUUCAUUGUUUAGUUUCAUCUUUAGCAUUCAAAUGUUACCGUUGUCCCAAGCUAUUGUACUAAGCUUCUUGAAUCCAAUUAUGGCUUCCAUUGCAGCACGUGUUGUUAUGCAUGAGAAGUUGAAAAUAACUGAUAUCGGAGGUCUUGCUUGCAGUUUCUUUGGCGUGCUUUUUAUUUUUGGCCCAACACUUACUGUCCAAGUUGGAUCAGAAGGAACGAAUGAAAAUCUUAAAGGAAACCAUCAUAUUUAUGCAUUCUGGUUGGGUUUAUUUUCAUCAAUCACUGGAGGAAUCACCUAUUGUCUCAUAAAGGCAGCUGCUAAAGCAUCGGAACAGCCAGUGAUUACUGUCUUCUCGUUUGGUUUGGUAGCUUGCCCCGCUGCAGCAAUUUGCAUGUUUUCCUUCGAGAGCUUCGUGCUGCCAGCUUUUGACACGCUUAUAACCAUGAUUGUGCUAGGGUUGCUGGCGUUCUGCGCAGAGGUACUUUUGGCACGUGGUCUUCAGCUUGAGAAAAUCAGCAAAGCUGCAAACAUAUUGUACAUCGAGGUGGUGUUAUCGCAGUUAUGGAUAGUCAGCACGGGAAAAGCAGGAUCGCCAGGUUUGUUUAGCCGGCUUGUUGGGUGUUUGCUCAUUCUCAUAUCGGUAAGCUAUACAGUUUACAUGGGACCUGCCAAAGAUACCGAGUCACAAAUACCGUAGAAGUGUAAUUCCAUUCUUUUUCAUUGGAUUUGAUAUUUUUGACUAUGCUUCUUGUUUGAUGCAAUGCAAACCAAAUUUCACAUUUUGAGUAUAAAAUUUCAUUGAUCUUCGUUUGCCAAACCAAA